AUGUCUGAUAAAGGCAAUGGUCCUCCAAAACAGGAUCCUAAAGAUGUCGACGGUCUGAGCGAACUGCUUGACGAUGCUCUCAAAGGGUUUUCAGAUCGUCCGCGAACUACUGAUGACGAGUUGGACGAGAUCAUGGCUUCACAUGACAGCCGAGCCUCAAAGGCUGCAGCGACUUCCGCAGUAUGCUUCAGAAAAUCAACGGAAGCUUUGCGCCAAGCCGAAACCAGUGGGCAGCAGGUCACUGAAAUCGAUAAGGAAGCCCAGGACAUGAUUGAGGCUAUGAAAGCGCUAAUGGAAAGCAGUGGAAAGAUUGCCAAUGCCAGCAGUCAUGAUGACUUCGUAGCCGGUCUCGAUAUGCUGAAAGGACCAGGCUCCCCGAUGGAGCCCUUCAUGUCUAUGAUCCUUCAGACGUUGGCAUCCAAAGCUGUGAUGUAUCCCCCUCUGAAAGAGAUUCACGACAAUUAUCCUGGAUUCUUCAAGGAACAUGGUGCAUCACUCGACAAAGAAACUCGACAGCGAUAUGAGAAGCAGUACGAGAUUCUUGGAAAAAUCUGCUUCGAAUUCGAAAACCAGGCGGACCAGCCACCAUCCUCAACAAAAGAUGGAAGUAAACCGGAUGAUGGCAGUGGUAUUCCUGAUAUGUCCAAUUUUGAAACGCUCGGAAAACUUCUUGUUGAAUUACAAAAUUAUGGCUAUCCUCCAAAGGAAUUGACAGGAGAACUCCCUCCCGGUUGGACUGUUGAUGACAAAACUGGUUUACCAAAAGUGGAUGACGUAUCCGCCGCUGCGAAUGCCUGUACACUAAUGUGA